CGCACAAUGAAACUAUGCCCUGCUGUGGCGCCGGGACGGAAGAUGCUGCGACAGGUCGUGCUUUGGCGUCAAUGCCCGCGGCUUGUGGGGCCGGCGGUCGCAGCAGGGAGCGGUGGUUGCCGAAAGGUCGCUUCCGGUGUGCCUCCGCCCGGCAGCACCUCGCCCAGAGCCCUAAACAUCUUCGACAGGGAAUUGAAGAGGAAGCAGAAGAACUGGGCAGCCCGGCAACCCGAGCCCAUGAAAUUUGACUACUUGAAAGAGGAGGUUGGAAGUAGAAUUGCAGACCGUGUGUACGACAUAGCCAGAGAUUUUCCCCUUGCACUGGAUGUGGGAUGUGGAAGAGGCCACAUAGCACAACAUUUGAAUAAGGAGACUGUGGGAAAGAUCUUCCAAACAGACAUUGCAGAACAUGCUUUGAGAAAUUCCUUAGAAUCAGAUAUUCCUACUGUGAAUAUUUUAGCUGAUGAGGAAUUCCUUCCCUUCCAAGAGAACACGUUUGACCUGGUGGUUAGCAGCUUAAGUUUGCACUGGGUGAAUGACCUUCCUAGAGCACUUGAACAGAUUCAUUAUGUCUUAAAACCAGAUGGGGUGUUUGUUGGUGCAAUGUUUGGAGGUGACACGCUCUAUGAACUUCGGUGUUCAUUACAGUUAGCAGAAACAGAAAGGGAAGGAGGAUUUUCCCCACACAUCUCUCCUUUCACUGCUGUCAAUGACCUGGGACAUCUCCUUGGAAGAGCUGGUUUCAAUACUCUGACUGUGGAUACUGAUGAAAUUCAAGUUAACUAUCCUGGAAUGUUUGAAUUGAUGGAAGACUUAAAAGGUAUGGGAGAGAGCAACUGCUCUUGGAACAGAAAAGCCCUGCUGCACCGAGAUACGAUGCUGGCAGCUGCAGCGGUUUACAAAGGAAUGUACGGCAAUGAGGAUGGUUCCGUGCCUGCCACGUUCCACGUCUACCACAUGAUAGGGUGGAAGUACCACGACUCGCAGGCAAGGCCAGCUGAAAGAGGUUCUGCAACUGUGUCAUUUGGAGAGCUAGCAAAACUAAACGAUGUCAUGUCGCAGGAAAAAAAAUAAAAAAUAUUUUAUCCAAUUAUAAUGUAUUCCUGAAUUUUCAUCAGAAAUG